AUGCCGACGCCCACCGAGGAGAGUGGUGCGAGCGGUGCAAGUGGUUAUUCGUCUCACCUCAGGCAUGCCAGUAUCAUGUGGACAAUUCCCACCGGCAUAACAUCGCACGACGUUGAAGUCCACAACAUGUGCGCGCCGUGCAACACGUAUUUCCGCAGUCCGGCCCGUCUCAACUCUCAUGACAUUGCUGUCCACAACAUGUGUACGGAAUGUGGCAAAUACUUCAACAACCCCAAUGAUCUGACACAGCACAAGCGAAGCCAUCUCCCUUUGGAGAUCGAGUGCCUCGGCUGCAACCGCAUGUUUUCGGAAUUCGCUGCCAUGAUGAUCCAUCUGGAAUCGGGCAACUGUGUGAGUGGGAUUGAUAGGGACGAUGUCGACAACUAUAUCUUCGAGACUUACGAGAGAUGCGGCGCCUAUGUCAAUCACUGGUACGACGACAAGCGAUAUCAGUGUCCCGACUGUGCAACCGACUUCCGCUUCGCGAGUGCUCUGUGCCAGCACGUGGCGACCAACAAAUGCGAUCAGCCGUCUAUGAGUACCUUUUACGACAUUGAAAAGAGUAUCAAGUUGCAAAUCUAG